AGGAGAAAAAGACGUGUGCAUCCACAUACGCCUUUUGGAGAGAGAGAGCAAAAGACGCGAAGCGUAAGAAAUAGCUUAGAUAAACCGAAAAGCUGCGAGCUGAAGUAAAGAAACGGGAGACGGAUCUUCAGGUUGUACUUUUGGGGUAAACGGGAGAAUCGUUUGCUUUAGAGGAAAUCAUGGCACACGUGGAGGUCCCGAUGGGGGAGAUGCAGGACCUACCAGAAAAACAUAAAUCUACGAACGGAUUUGAAUUUCUGCAACUACCCCAGCUUCCACUUGGACAGAUAGGCUAUCCUCAGGCCCACGAUUGGAUCGAACACAGGAAGGCGAAUGUUCGGCCAUGGUCGUUAUUCCUUAAUACGAACAACAUCAGACCGCCGCCUAACAUAAGCAGACUGAGCAAACGGAUUGUGAAGAAUAUUGAAUACUUCCAGAGCAAUUAUUUGUUUGUAUUUAUUGGAUUAGUGAUAUACUGCUUAAUUACCUCACCUUUGUUGCUGCUGACAGUUGUCGCCUCUCUCGGGAUAUGUUACAAGCUGUCUCAGCGGCAUUCGAGGCAGGAAUUGAUGGUGCUGAAUCAUAGAUUAACCCUGGCGCAA